AUGACGAAACGCAAGGGCAAGCAUAAAGCCAGAGAGGAACCCGCAGUACGGCGGCCUUUCUCACAACCGCUAUCCUACGGUCACACCGCAGCACUGACGGAGAACGCGCUCGUAGUUCUGGUCGAGUCCGGCCUCUUGGGCCCCUCCUGGGCCGAAGUGGUGGAGCUCCAGCGCGCCUCCCUCUUCUUCUGCGAAGUGUGCCGAAGCUGCACCCGAGUGCGCGUGCGAGUAGAUGCGCAGACCCCUAGGGCCAUGUGGGCCCGGACGAGUAAGUCCGGUGAUGGCGGUGACCGGGAUAACCGUGGCGGAGGAUACAGCAGCGACAACGACGGGAAUAAAGUCAGGACCAACGGGAGAAAAAAGUGGAGCUUGUGGCGGCGGCAGAAGCAACAGAAAGCGGGCGGGACCGAAAAGAACGCCGGCGGUUUCAGCAACGGCGGCGGUGGUGCUGGUGCUGCCGCUGCGUCGCGACUCCCACCCCUAAGCAUAACAAGCCUCGUGUGGGCGGCGCCGGCGAAAAACCUGGGCGACGGCAGCGACCUUCCCUUGGCGUUGAGAGAGCUGACCUUCGACCGGGGGUUCAACCGGCGCCUGGUUGGACUCGCGUGGCCGCCAAACCUCCGAAAGCUGACCUUUGGCUCAAGCUUCAAUCGAGAGCUAGCCUGCCAAAGGAGGGAGAGUCGAUCAGGGCCCGGACAGCCAGCGGGGUCCACACUGCCUCCACCGAUUGCCACUGGCGGCAGCUGCAGAGGCGAUCGUGGUCACCGCAGGGGGAAAAGGAGGGAGAACGAUCCGGAGAUAGUUCCUCUCCUUCCAGCAAGCCUCGAGGAGCUGACGCUCGGGAAGCACUUCAAUAAGCCGCUGCCACCGCGGGGGCUGCUACCCCCCGGGCUGGUGUCCCUGACGUUGGGGAGGAACUUUCGUCAGCACCGCAGCGUGCGCCACACGGUGUGGCCCCGGACCCUCAAGGUGUUUGUGUUCGGGGAGGGCAUUCUCGAGGAGCAGCGGAAGAACUGGCCGCGGCUCGAGGCAAUGCGGGGGCUGACGCCAUCACCCUCCACCGCCCCCCUCGGGGAGAACAGCGAGGAGACCAAGAGCUUUGCGUGGCCGGGUGGGUUGGAUAGGGUGGAGUUUUGGCGGGAGGGGAGGGUGGUGGUUCGACUCCUCGGCGGGACCACGCUCGACAAAGAUUCGCUGGAAUGGCUUGUGAACAACGAAUGACUAUAAGGAUUCCCUCUUGAAUAGCUUGUGAACAACGAAUGGCCUGCGCUGAGUGCAGCAGGCUAGAACUAUUUUGUCAACAGUACAUCGUGCUUUUGGGAUGUCGUGGCGUGGGCAGGCAGCCUUGCCGAAGAACCCACCAGGCGGUGGAUGGGCAGAGGGCAUGCGGCGGUUCUUGUUUAGCACAUGCGAACAUCUUGUUCUGUUUUUCAUUCUUGGUCGUUUUUCUGAGGUGUGCACUGCUGGUGGGACCGCUGAAAAACGAUGUUUUCGUCAUGUUCAGGUUGCAUAUUGUAGGAAUAUCGAGUGUGGAGGUAAGUGGUAUAGGGAGGUGACAACAGUUCUACAACGUUAAAGAUGACUA